GGCACCCUGGUUGGGAAACACUGCUCUGCAGUGUGCAUACAGACUAAGUACAGGGUAGGGACAGCAGCCUGUGUCUCUCUGCACUAAAAAGUCAAUGCUGAGAACCAGGGGCAGUGGGAGCAAUUAUAGAGGCAGUGAUUAAGAUGAAUGUCAGGGGCGGGGGCACAGAGCAGGGAGUGCAGUGAGAUGAUACAAUGUAUAAGAUAACGUGUGGUGAGGGGCAGGGAGAACACAAAGCAGGGGGGAGGGGGAGGUGACUGGCCUCUGUUAUAUGAGAGGCAUGUGCAGGCUUGUAGCUCACAGGCUGGGAGUCCUGAGCUGAGAGCACUGAACUUCCGGUGGAAGGACCAGAGCCCUUCAGCAUUAGUCCUAAAAGCUGUACACUUACUAUGAAAAGCAUAGGAUGCUGCUUGCAGACCAGGCAUAGAAGAGUGACCCCUAGUGGCCAAAAGUAUAAAAUGAAAAACUGGUAUAAAUAUUAAUAUUUUUUAAUGAAGAUAUAUUACAAUAUCUCAUCAUUAAUGAUUAUGAACAACAUAUUAAAAGUUUUUGUUGAUGACAGGUGCUCUUUAAGUUCCUUGUCUGCCUGAAUGAUGUGCCAGUUUUUCCUGAAGACUUUUUUUAUUAUCUUUUUUAAUUAUCUCCGACAUUGGGCUAUACUCAAAUGGCCUUUUUUUUGCAUUCCUGUUGUCUGCCUUCUUUGCAUGCACGUUGAUAGCCAUUGUAUAUAAUCUGUUCCUCAUACCCUCGAGCUCUCUAUCGGUUCAUAAGGCCACACGAUUGUUCUAAGAAGGAGCUAUACUCAGAGACUUAAGACACGGAAAUGUCUCCUCCUACUAUACCCUGAUGAUGCGUCACAUGACGUGAAACCAGCGCUUAUUGGAGUGCGCUCACACCUUGCCUAUGUAACUUGUGUGCCACAAUAAAGAGUUUUUAAGUGCAUCGGAUACCUCGAGUGCUGUGGUCUCUUCUACCUAUUUGAUGACAAGCUGUUACUGACAACCACUCACAGAGCAUCGUUUUCCAGCACGUACUGUGAGUAGUCAUCUCCUGGCCGUUAAGUAGGUGGUGCCGAUCCCAACAUUCCUCUUUUCACGUAUUAUAUACAGAAUGUCUCUGGAUUAGAGCACAACUGCCCCAAACUAUGGAAGAGGCAAGUAGCAUGGAUACAACAGCGGAACAGGAGAUUGACUCAUACAGCAUAGCGGCCAUUGAAGCAGGACGGGAGGAUGUGAACAUGUUCUUUGCCAAAUGCAACCUGCAAGAUGAAUGUAAAGUCCUGAGCAGCAGAGCCUUGGAGAAUAAGGUAUUAACGGCUUCUGAAAAAGAUGUUACAUUGUAUUGGACUUAACACCUUAAAAUCCUUAAAAAUGUGGAAUGUAAUCGCUCACCAAGGGGCCUCAGAGUUUACAAAGAGGUCUCACAAUUUCAUGAGGACAAAAUAUUCAAGGCCAAAUGGCAACAAGCGAACCUGAAACACGCUAUGAAUUUAACACUAUUCUGCAUCGAUCAACCUUGGAAUAUACUAUGGUGCAAUCCACCUUGGAACAGAAUUGAGAAGCAGGAAGACUGAAGCCCAAUGGACUGCUUUCCAACACAAAGUAGAAAUACGUCUAGUCCCUAUCCAAAAUGGGAUAAAAGAAAGGAAAAAGGGACAAAUUCUUAAGGGACAAAUUGGACUUUGACCUAGAUCAAGUUUUUUCUUGGAAACAACAAUCCCAGCAGAAACAGACGCCCGAGAUACAAUUAUUGGAAGGGCAAGAGUCAAGUGUCCAAAAACGGAUAUUGGACGACCGAUUCUGGAUCGGACUCAAGUAACAUCGAGGACUAGAGAUGAGCUAAGUUAAAGUGAUUCGAUUCGUCACGAACUUCUUGGCUCAGCAGUUGUUGACUUUAGCCUCCAUAAAUUAGUUCAGCUGUCAGGUGCUCCGGUGCGCUGGAAAAGAUGCAUAAAGUCCUAGGAGAGUCUGAACUAAUUUAUGCAGGCUAAAGUCAGCAACUGCCAAGCCAAGAAGUUAGUGACAAAUUGAAUCACUGCAACUUCACUCAUCUCUACCGAGGACUAUCUGAUGGAAUCGAGUUCCAAAUACUAAGAUGGGAGGUGCUGGUUCCUCACUGUCACCUGCCACACCAAGGGGGGCACAGAAAAAAAUCAAAUACCCCAGGGGACUGGAGCCAAGCGGAAACAGGUCUCUUGGUGGUCAUAAGAGAUGCUGUACCCAAAGACUCCAGGAUAGGUAAAAGUAACUAACAUUGUGAACUUAUCAAAAACAUUCAUAUAUCUGAUUAUUGCAUGUUACUUUUGUCUAAAGGUCUAAACUACUGCUUUAACAAUACGUAUGAUGAGGUACGUUUUCAUAUAGAUUUGGCCAAAUCUUUGCGAAAGUUAAAUCUGUAUAAGAUUUUUAAACAUAAAUCUAUGUAAUAAAAUCUAUGUAAUAAACCCUGACAGGGGAAACCGUGGUGGACAUUGGUCCAUUAGGUUUCCUACACAAUGAGCAAUACUCAGAAGCAGAUCGCAAAAUAGUCACAGAGUUAUUUGAAUUGCUAAAUGAAGGCUGUGAAUAUGCCGAGAACACGGAUGAAACAUUUACAGGUGGAGUUAAAUCCCGGUACUUUCCCCCCUUUAUCCCCAGGCUCCAGUUUAGAAAUCUUCAAUGAAGUAGUACUGUCAGAAAUUAAAAGCUUGUAAGCAAUCUUACAUCUGCAGAAAAAAGGAGAUUUUUUAUUUACUUACCGUAAAAUCUCUUUCUCGAAGGAUCCAUUGGAGGACACAGACCAUGGGUGUAUGCUGCUGUCUCUAGGAGCCGAUAGAGAAAAAAGCACUGCAGUGGCUUAGGAAUCAUGACAAACUCAUAGUGAAGCCUGCAGAUAAAGGGGGCAAUAUCGUGAUUCUAAAUAAGAGAGUGGUUACAUCCAGGAGGAUCACCGACAACUUGGAGAUAUGGAGACAUACACAAAAUUGGAUGAAGAUCCUACAAGAACAUAUUCCACCAGAUUACAAUCACUACUAAGGAAAGGAGUUGAAAGGAACAUAAUAACAAAGAUAAAGAUGGCAGAAAAAUUUUACCCAACAAAUCCCCAAAAACCAUAUUGGUACCAUGUACCUAAAAUACAUAAAGUCUGUGAUAAGCCCCCGGGGAGAACCAUUGUGGCGGGCAGGGGCUCCCUCACGGAACCCCUGUCGAGCUACCUAGAUUGGUACCUCUGACCAUUGCUAAAGUCUGUUCCCUCCUACUUGGAGGAUACUAAAUCACUUCUACAGAUGGUGGAAGAUCUUGAAUGGCAUCAACCGUGGAUGUCGUCAGUCUGUAUACCCGGAUUCGCCAUCAAGAUGGGUUCAGAGAAUUUAGGUCCCUAUUGGAGAGAUUAGAUAAGAGUCAAGAAUGUACUGAUUUUAUCUGUGAAGCCUUACUUUUUGUUCUUGAGCAUAAUGCCUUUCAAUUUGGAGAAACCUGGUACGCCUAAUGAACUGGGACGACGAUGGCAGUGGCACCAACUUUUUCUAUUCUUUUCCUGGCCAUUUGGGAAGAACAUUAUAUUUACAACCCAAACAAUGCAUAUCGACAUCUGUUACAACAUUGGACCUGAUAUUUGGAGGAUUGUUUGAUAGUGUGGGGGGUACACAAUCAGAGCUCAAUGAAUUUUGUGGUUACAUCAAUCACAAUGAUGUGAACAUGCAAUUCACUGCCAAUUAUGGGAAAUCAAUGGUGGAAUUCCUGGAUGUGACCAUACAUGAAAGUACAGAGGGAUUAAAGGUAAAGGGAUACAGGAAGCCAACCUCAACAAAUUCCCUAUUACACUUUAACAGCUUCCACCCCAAUCAUGUCUGUAGAUCUCUACCUUAUGGACAAUUCCUAAGAAUCCGUAGGAAUAACUCUGAGUAUAGCUCCUUCUUAGAACAAUCAUGUGGCCUUAUGGACCGAUUGAGAGAUCAAGGGUAUGAGGAACAGAUAAUAUACAACUGCUUUCAACGUGCAUGCAAAGACGACAGAAAACAACUCCUCUUUAGGAAACGCAAAUACACUAAAACUAGAACACAGAACAGACGUGCCAUGUUUUCAUUUGAGUAUAGCCCAAUGUCAGAGAUAAUGAAAAAAGUCAGGAAAAACUGGCACAUCCUUCAGGCAGACAAGGAACUUACAGGUAUAUCCUCUGAACCUCCCCUAAUAUCUAUCUGCAGAACGAGGAAUCUGCGGGACGUAUUGGUGAAAGGCCAGCUGGCAACACGCAGGGAGAACUGAAUCCAGAGAGGGUUGCCAAAAGAUAAUCACAGAUGCAAACAUUGUGCCUAUUGUGAAUCAUUGGAAACCUCACGUACCAUCCAGCUAGGAUGCACAAACCAUGUGGUCACGGACUUAAAGGACAUCUGCAGCGGCAUUACACUUAUCCCCUAUCCUGUGGAUAGGGGAUAAGAGUUUGAUCGUGGGGGGUCCGACCGCUGGGACCCCCCCCCCAUCUUGCUAACGGGGCGCUGCCAUAAGCCACGCCACGCCCCCUGCACGGGAGAGCCGCGGCCCCAGCGUUCGGACCCCCCACGAUCAAACACUUAUCCCCUAUCUUGAGGAUAGGGGAUAAGUGUUUGUAACGCUGCAGAUGUCCUUUAAUCACUUCAGACUACGUGUUUUAUGCAUUAUUGUGUUCAUGCAAUCACUUCUACAUUUGUGAAACGAUAC